UUGAAUGUGAUAUGUGUGGCUUAAAAUUAGAAAAUUUCAAAGUUAGAAACUAGUGAUAUUGUUAUAUUCAUUUGGACGCUUGAAUCCAAAUUCUCUUAUUCAGUGCGCUAACCUUAUGUUAUCUCGUGCUGUGACCCACUUGAGAUCUUGACAUGUUGGGAAAUGAUCAAAGUACGACCAAUGGAGAUGACCCACAUGAAGAUGAGAUCAGGGACAUCCAUGCCGUGACCCCACCUCAGCCUGUGACGACGGCGAACCGUGCCCGGAGGAGAGAAGCGUGGGAGACAGGCAGCCACCGGUCGUCGAACUUGUCCACAUCCAGCGAAGUCCUGAGUGAGAAUUUCACAACGAUGAGCAGAGAAUUCAAUGCCCUUGUGUUGGCUGGUUCCACCGCGGUUGAGAAUGGAAGCAGCAACGAAGGUCCGAACACCGGACCCAACUUGGCUCGGAUUGGGGAGGAACUCGAAGAGACGAACCCGUUGGCGAUCGUCCCUGAUAAUAGCCCGAUGGAUCCCGUUCCAUCUCCUAGACGUGUAGGUGGGUCUUCUUCUUCAUCAUCAUCGAUGAACAAUAACAUUACAGAGGAAGUUUCACUCCAUAGGGUCAAGAAGGAGGAGAUUGAAACGAAGAUCUCAGCUUGGCAGACGGCCGAGAUUGCAAAGAUCAACAAUAGGUUCAAAAGAGAGGACGCGAUCAUCAACGGCUGCGAGAGUGAGGAGGUACAGAAGGCCACCAUGCGGUUGAAGAAGGUGGAGAGGAAACUAGAAGAAAAAAGAGCCAAAGCCACAGAGAAAAUGCAAAACAAGGUAGCAAAAUCACAUCAAAAGGCGGAAGAGAAGAGGGCCUCGGCGGAGGCUAAGAGAGGAACAAAGGUGGCUAGGAUUUUAGAAAUAGCAAACCUGAUGAGAACUGUCGGUAGAGCUCCAUCCAAACGCUCUUUCUUCUAGCCAAUGCCACAGAGAGAGAGAGAGAGAGAGAGAGAGAGAGAGAGAGAGAGAGAGCGAGGGAAAAAGGAAAAAAAGAAAAAAAGAAAAAAAAAAAGGUGAAGUAGAGAAAUACACUUGAAGAAGGUAGAUGUGCGUAGGUAAGUGCUUUUUCUCCCCAUAGUGUUAUUUAGAUGAUAGAUUGAACAUUGAAAGUGGCUUGUUUCGCUUAAUUAAACAACAUAAUGCAAUAUUGUUAAUAUUAAUAUUAAUUUUUUGCUUAUAUUC